AUAUAUUGGUCACUGGCAUGUGUAGGAGGACUGGGUCGACUUCUUACAUAUGCCUCAAAUACCGAAAUAGAGGAUAGGGAAGUUCCUCAUGAAAUACUCUUUUGCAUAUACUACGUCUUAGCAUUUGGUGAACUUAUCUAUCACUUUGUUCCUGACUUGAAAGCGAAAACCGUUGCUGAACAAAGAAUGGUAGAAAAUGAAGAAGAGAAAAUCCCUUUGCUGAAACCAGUACAAGAAACCUUACCCGAGGGAUCUGGAUAUGCUGCAGAACUCGCAAGGAUUCCAAUUAAACAACAAUGUCCUCAACGAUCUGCAACUGCAUUUUCAAGAUUUGUUUUCUGGUGGUUUACUAGUUUGAUUAUCAAAGGAUACAAGAAACCAUUGCAGUUCGAAGAUUUAUGGCCAGUUCGUCUAGAGGAUAGCUGUUAUUACAUUGUCCCACGUUUCAAGAAGUUUUGGGCUGCCCAACUAAGAAAAAUCAAAAUAAUUAGAAGAGAACCAACGUAUAAAUAUAGCCACAAUAAAUCAUAUCAGAGCAACGGAUACACCCCAUUGGACGAACAGACUCACGUAAUGACAGCCCCGGAUGUCGAUACAGCUACAAGGGAGAAGCCUAACCUAUUAUGGGUUUUGGUUAGGGCGUUUUCGGCAGAAUAUGUUUUUGUUGGUGGAGCCAUAAUGUUGAUUGUUGUUAUCUUCCAGAUGUUCAGGCCACAACUCUUACAGAUAAUUUUGGAUCUGCUAGAAGAGGAAGUAUUUUACAGUUGGCAAGGAGUAGUUCUUACCCUAGUAUUGUCGUUUCUCUCAUCUUUAAUGACGACUCUUAUGAUGCACCAUUACCAUUACGGCUUCCACCUUGGACUAAAGUUUCGCUCUUGUGUUAUGGCAAUCGUUUUCAGAAAGUCGCUGAAACUGAACAGUGCUGCCAGGAAAGGAACGACUGUUGGUGAGAUUGUCAACUUGAUGAGCGUUGAUGCACAACGGCUUCAGGAAUUACCAUAUUUGACUCAUUGGAUCUGGGCUGCCCCACUCUUCAUAGCAUUGAAUGUGUAUUACCUCUGGCAAAUCCUGGGACCAUCUGCCGUCGCUGGGCUCGUACUUAUGGGAGUUGUGACGCCUUCAAAUGUACUCUAUUUUGCCAAAAGAGUAAAAGCUCUUCAGGUGGAUCAAAUGUUGUACAAAGACAAGAGGAUAAAAUUGACCAAUGAAGUUCUGAGUGGGAUAAAGGUACUAAAGCUGUAUGCAUGGGAAACCUCUUUUGAUAAAGAGAUUGCUAAGAUACGAGAACUAGAAUUGGGCAUAUUGAAGAAAAUACAGUUCCUGAACGCUAUGAGUGCAGUCACGUGGUUCUGCACUCCAUAUUUGGUGUCAUUUGUAUGUUUCGCUAUGUUCGUCUACAUCGAUCCUAACAAUGUUCUGGAUGCACAGAAGGCCUUCGUGUCAUUGUCUUAUAUAAAUACACUGAAUACUCCCAUGUCAUCUUUACCCAACGCCAUUACUAGUUUAGUUCAGUUGAUCUACUUUCCU